UUACCACUUUUUCAAACUGAUGUGUGAUUAUUAGAUAAGUUGAAUUCUUUAGGCGGGAAAACAAGUGUCGUUAUUUGAUAAACAUCGUUUUUUAUGAGUGACUUUUGGAAUGUACUAUUCGCACUGAAGUAAAUGUGAUAUACAUAUGGUUAGACUACUCAGUGUAUUGGAGGAGAAGCUAGCGGAACGGAUAUAUUUUCAUUGCUUUUCAAUGAAGCAUAACCCAAGAGGUACGUCCGAAUAGUGUUUAGUGAGACCCACAUUCCUGUUUUGAUUGGUAAAUACUGAUUCAUUCAUACAUAAACUAUUGUACAGAUUUAUUUAUUGAGAGAUUUAAUACUUCUCACUACUGUGUGUAUUACAGCAUUGUAUAGCGUGGGUGACAUUUACAUUUUACUGUAUUAGAGGACCGGUGCAUAAAUUUACUUGACAGUAGCCUGGAUUUAUUAUGUGAAGCUGGAUUCAUAGGAGACCAGACUGUAGUAUAAGAAUUUCGGAUUAAUACCGUCAAGUGCAAAUCAAUUCAAAUACGGAACCUUGGAGUACAUAUGUGAAGCUGAAGUUAUAUGAUAUUAUAAGAAUUUCGGAAUAAUACCAUCAAGUGCAAAUCAAUUCAAAUAAGGAACCUUGGAGUUCAUAUGCAAAUUAUCUAGUGAAUUAAAUCAAAGAUUUUUACUACAAUAAAAGGAAAUACAUACUCAAUUGGACAACUUGAGGUAACAAAACCAAAACUUUUGAGAUUACGUGAUAAGAGAACUAGUUUAUUUAAUCUUUAGGCUUACACGUAAACAUUUAAACUUCAUUAAAUUUGUUGUUUAUGUAAACGAUUCGAUAGUCUGUAGCGAUCUUUUUAAUUGAUCAUUUGUGAAAGUUUCGUUUGUUUUUGAUUAUAUAAUGAAAUCCAUUUAAAUUUAGAAAUCCAAAACUACAUUGAUUUUCCAAAUAUGGGGUUUGUUCCUCUUUAUUGCUUAUUAGGGACACUGCUUUUUGCAGUCCCUUCCGACUCUUUCGGCAUGAACGGUCAGAAAAACUCUUAUACUCGAUUCCCAAAAUGGAAUGCCUGUGUCAAUGCUUCCAUUGCUUUCGAAUUCAGAACGGAUCAAGCUGAUUCCCUCCUCAUGUAUACGGACGACAAAGGCGACAACGUAACAAAUAAUUUCUUUAUGGUCGUACUAGAAGGGGGGAGUGUGGUAUUAACGUACAAAAUUGAUGAUAAGAUGGACGGCAGUAUCAACAUCAAGCUCGGACCUGGGCUAAACGACAAUCGUUGGCAUACUGUCAAAGUUCAGAGAAACCGUCUUGAGACCAUUCUGACCGUGGAUCAGAAUUCCGAUAGUAGGAUAUCAUUAGACGAAGAUAUUCAUUUUGCUCACAUCCCUGAAAACAACGAUGUAUUCUUUGGAGGUCUUCCGCAGGAUCACUUCCGAACGAAGCUUAGAUACUUGGCACUGCCAUCUGUUAUGUUUAAAAACGUUUUCCGAGGUGACAUCCGAAACGUUCUUUAUUACAACUGCACCUGUAAGCCUGUUCGAGGAGAGAUGCUCGACAGCCUAAACGUAGAUAAUCGUCGACCUGAAGCUUGUGCGGCCAGAAACCCGUGUGGUGAGGCUCUGUGCAUUAGCUCUGAUAGAGGGUCCCAGUGUAAAGUGGUAGAUACCGGAUGCGGAAGUGAUUAUGGAGUCUCUUUUUACUAUCUUCCAAUGGACAGCAUCAAGAACAACAUUCUCCAAAAUCCAUCUGGUUUAGACUCAACUAUCACUGGACAACCACUACUUAUAAAAGGCGCCAAAAAUAACGCUUUGCAGAUAAAUGGACAAACACAGUACCUCAAAGUCAGCGGUAGGAGACACCGUAAAGAAUGUCUUGGUGACCUUGAGCUGUGCUAUGAAGGUUACACCAUGGGAAUGUGGUUGAAGUUUUCAAACCCAGGACGCAACGAGGGAAUUUACCUGUCCAAUGGCGGUCAUGAUGCAAUGUCACAUGGAAUAGCAAUGACCUAUCACAGCGGACAAAUCAAAUUCAUCUUCAGAAGUAAAAACGGAAACUAUUGGACAGUAUCUAAUGACAAUUUAUUGGCUGAUAAAUGGUACCACGUGACUGUGUCCUGGAAACAGAAUAGGGGACUACAUCUUUACAUUAAUGGGAAUCUUGUUAACACAAUGAACUUGCCACAAAGAAGAGUUGCAGUAAGGGGAACAGUCAUAUAUAAUGAUUUCGUCAUUGGUAGAUCGAACGACAGACAGGGAUUAAGUAACCUGGGACAAAUAACAGUUGAUGAAUUCCGCUUCUGGCCUAAGAUGUUGUCACAAAAACAAAUACAAGAAAAUGGUCCUAUGUACAGAUACUAUCUCAAUAUGGAUGAAGUUGCUGGACAAGAGUUAAUUGUAGACAAUGCUGAGACCGAAAUAGUAGGAGAGGUUUCAUUGGUUAAAGGGAAAAUCGGGAAAGCUGUUGCACUCACCGGUCGUGGUGAUUACAUCGAUAUUGGAAACUUGCAAGACACGUGUCUUGGGGAUCCAAUACGCUGUCUCUAUGGUUUUACCAUAUCAUUUUGGAUCAAACCAACUACUCUUCCAACCAAAACAUACUACUUUUCAAGUAGCUCGACUGGUUUUAAUAUUUUCUCCGAGCAGUAUACAAUGUAUGCAGAAGUAAGAAGUGACAAUAAAGUUUGGAGAGAUAGUUUUUAUGGUAUGGAAGUUGGAAAAUGGCAUUAUGUAGAAUUAACAUGGACUCCAGAAAAGGGUACGGAAAUGUUCCUGGAUUUAAAAAGAGCAUCUUUUCAACGCCGUAGUACUUCUGAACGUCUCCAAUCUUCAAAUGAGAGAAACUUUUUCAUUGGUCGUUCUCAUGGCGAUAGAAAAGGAGAAAUGAAUCCUUCAGCAGUGAUAGACGAAGUAGAAAUGUACUAUGGAGAUCGAGAGACUCUCCUGGAUUUAGAUUUAAUUCAGAGAGGUAAACCAAACAAGUACCAAUUUGCAUUAGACAAUAUGAGAGGAGAUAUCAUAGACCACCCAUCUCUGUUAAUAGAUACAUACAAUAAACCUAAAAUUGUCCGUGGAAAAAUAGGAAAAGCACUGAAGUUAAAUGGUCAGUCACAGGUAGUAGAUAUAGGAGAACAAUCUGACAGUUGUUUAGGAAACCUUGACCUUUGUCAUCAUGGCGCUUUGAUGGCAUUAUGGCUCAAACCAACAAAUCUUGGGAAUGACAUGCACUUUUUAUCCAAUGGACAUAAUGGUAUUAGCAUUUCAAACCAAGGAAACGAAUUUAUUAUAACUGCUGCCACGUCUACACAGAAAUGGCAGGUCACGACUGACAAACUGCACGUCCACAAAUGGCAUUUUGUCGAGAUUGACUGGGAUCCUGAAAUUGGAUUGAAACUAUACAUUGAUAAUAAGUUAAUUGGCAAUGACUUUAAAGCCGAUAAAAGGAAUGAUCAAAUUCCUUCAGAUCUGGUUGGUAGAUCAGUAGCAGAUAAAUUUUAUUUAGGACGUGGUAAUGUUAACAUGGAACGUGGUACCUACGCGAAAGGUGUAUUUGAUGAGCUUGAGUACUGGUAUGGACCACGCGACUAUUUGGAAGCAUUUGGAUAUUUAAAUCGAGAUAAACCAAUGAGUUACAUCAUUCCUUUCGAAUCUAUGGAUGGUACAACAAUACCUCACUCAAGACUGACUAUAACAACAUUUCGUAACCCAAUAUUAGUCCAGGGACGAAUUGGAAAUGGACUUUCCCUAAGUGGAAGAGGUCAGUAUUUAGAUCUAGGAGAACAUCCAGAGGAAUGUAUAGGAAAUCUUGCUCUUUGUCAUAAUGGAAUUACAGUGUCUACAUGGCUGAACUUUCAAAGCCUUCAAGACAACUCGUAUAUUUUCUCAACCGGGAGUAACGGAAUACGUAUGUACAUAAAAGAUGACUAUUUGAAUGUCAAGGUAAAUCAAAAUAGGAAAGAAUGGCAUGUACGUAUACCAGAGUUUGACAUUUCAACUUGGAAUUAUGUUGAAGUGUCAUGGCACCCUGAUUUUGGUCUUGGUUUGUAUUUGAACAACUCAUUGGUUGCCAAAUCCACGCAUACAGAAACAACUGUAGCUCGACUGCUACAAACAAGACCACGUGUGCUACUAGGCAAGGCUAACACAGGUGAUUCAACAGAAUCCACCCAGGAUGCUAAUAUGGUUGUUGACGAGAUGGAAAUUUGGUAUGGUAGGAGGGAGGAACUUAUGGCAUUCGACUACAUUCUCAGAGACAACAUUCGACACGAGAUUUUCUCCAUGGAAAGGCAAAAAAAUGACAUAGUUUAUCAUCCAAAAUUUACUGUUACUCUAGAAAAUGGCGCUCGUCUAGUUCCGGGAAAGAUCGGAAAUGCAGUUUCACUUAAUGGAUAUGGACAGUUUGUUGAUAUCGGCUCCCACGAUGACAAAUGCUUAGCUAACCUUGAAAAGUGUAAGCACGGUCUUACCGUUUCUAUGUGGCUGAAAGCCCGUCGCCUAGAAGAUAAUACAUACUUUCUAUCAACUCCAUCAUAUUCACUCUUCUACCGUGAUGGUCGCCUGCAAGGAAAAUUCAAUCGCGGAGGUAAGAUAUGGGAGGUAUUUACACCUAACUUCAAACCGGAUCAUUGGCACAACGUUGAUCUGAGUUGGACACCGGAAACUGGACUUCGUCUAUAUAUAGACGGCAACUUGGAAGCAGUAACAAAACGAUUCAGAGAGCAAAUGCAAGGAGAUCAGCCAGCAUCCAAUUCGGUAAAGAUCGGGAGGUCUGACAGAACUUCUACCACAGCUGCAGCAGACAUUGACGAAGUGCAGUUCUGGUAUGGACCACGUGAUCAAGUAAUGGCUUCCGGUCAGUUGGGAGGAUCCGUAAACCAUCGACCAGUACUAUUUGAUCGAACUCCAAGACAAUACGGCAAUGGAACAGCAGCCAUUGUGGGUCCAUCUGGAACAAUUUACCUCAUCAACGGACCAUCACGUGCCCAAGGUGAUCAACAUCCGGCCAUCAGGGUCAAUGGCAAAUCGCAGUACAUCUAUGUAGGUGAUGAUGUUAUAUGUACUGGUAACCUUGACAACUGUCCACAGGGAUUUACACUGCGCAUGGCAAUGAAACCAGAAAACCUUCUGAAUAAUAUGUACUUCCUGGAUAGCUUCCCUUUGUCGAUUUACUACAGAGACGGGAAGUUAUUUGCCACUGCCAGAACACCCACUAAAGCAUGGACAGUAUCCACUCCUGGUAUCAGACAAAACGAGUGGCAAGAUAUUGAAAUUACCUGGCAUCCACAAGCAGGUCUGACAAUGACACUGAAUGGGGCUGAUGCCGCUCAUCAAACGUUUGGUACACCCCAGGAUGAGGUCCGUGAUUGGAGCAGCAAACUGUACUUAGGGAGAUCUUUAUCGGAUAUGGUUAGGGAAAGAUAUGCUGAUGCUGUUUUUGAACGUCUUGAUAUUUGGAAUGCUAGAAAAGAGUAUCUGGUAACUCACAAAAUCAUUCGCACAGUAAUAACUGGUGGAGGACCAAGACCACCUGUUGUUGUACAGCCACAACCACCUAUUGUUAUUCGGCCACAACCACCUGUUGUUAUUCGGCCACAACCACCUGUUGUUAUUCGGCCACAACCACCCGUUGUUAUUCAGCCACGACCACCUGUAGUCCAACCUUCGCCACAACCUCCAGUGAUUAUAGAUCGUGGUUCAAUUAAUGUUAUUGGUGGACCUAAUGGAUUUUACUUGGUAAAUGGUUCUUUUGGAAUUCUUCCUACACGACAGACGACACCAAGACCAGCCCAGGCAACAACCCAGAGGACAGUUAUUAACCCUGGAAUUAAUGUGGGUUCAGGAUCUAGAACAUACUUCAGCGGCUACGAUGUCACAGACUUCGACAAGUACUUCUCAAAUAUUGUCCGUUUCUAUGGCAACGCAUAUAUCCAUUAUGAUUUUGACAAAGUUGGAUUCGAACAGCAGGAUAUCCUGGCCAGGGUCCAGAAUGAGACCUUCACCUUCCAGUUUAUUACCAGUGAGCAAAAUGGACUGAUUUGGUUAGACGAUCGACAGGAUGAAGAUUUGAGAAUGUACUUGGCAGUUAAGAAUAUAGAACAUGGGAAGGAAUGUGAUGGGUACUUGUUGUUCCAUAUUGAUGAAGGAAAUGGACGUAUCCAGGAAAUCAAGCUUACAUCCAGAAAAAUCAAAGAAUUGAAUGACUGGGAUUGGCAUACCUUUAGAGUGGACAGGGUUGGACGAGAGCUUAAAUUCUAUAUUGACGAAGAAUAUAUCGGAACUAUAACCACUGUAAGAGAGAUUCAGCUGAUUGGACGAGGAGAUGUUUACCUCGGUGGUACACCAAUAGAUUAUACUGAUUCUGUUGUUACCCAGGGCUAUAGUGGUGGAAUAACAAAGAUAUUAUAUGUGAAGAAUUUACCAAAUUUACUUCUCCGUGUCAGCUUGAUGCAGUAUAUAACCCAAAUGCAUAGUGGGAAUGGUGGAAAUGGUCAUAAUGGUAUUGAUAUUAUAGUACCCGGACAAGCAAUUACACCAAGACCCAGACCAAGAACUACGCCAAGACCUUUUACACCAAGGCCAACACCAAGGCCCUAUACACCAAGACCCACCAGACCAAUUGAACCAGUAAGGCCAACAACUAUCACUCUUCUCAAUACCAUUUCCUUCCUUAAAUCUUUCAUUUUACAUAUCAAUGAGAAUGCAUAUGUGGAUGUAAGAUCCGGUGGAACAAUUACAUUCCGAUUUAGAACACUUGAGUCAAAAGGUGUCUUAUUUUUUACCCGUCGUAAAGGUUCGUCUAAUCAGUUAUUUUUAGCCUUUGAGAUAUAUGAUGGUAAAUUGUACUUCAUUUCUGACCUCGGUGCAAGAACUCGACGAAUUUUGGUUUCCGAUGUUAUUGUCAAUGACGGAACAUGGCAGAACAUCAAACUUGAAAUUCAGGACUCAAGGUUAUUUAUUUCACUCAACGGAAUUCAGAAAACUUUGGACCUGACUACAGAGGAGAGGACGCAAGCAUAUUUUAAUGAUGGUAUAUAUAUAGGUGGUUUUCCAAAAGAUUUCAAGUCCUGGUAUGUCUGGGGUUCAUCUAACAGUAAAUUCCUUGGUUGUUUCAGCGAUCUACAGCUCAUUAACACAAACACAAAUAUGAAUGGACCUGUGAGGAAUAUACCCAGUGAUAAUUUUAUAAGUCUUGGUUGUAUGGAUAUGAACAAACAGUGUACUUCUACCAACCCAUGUAAUAAUGGAAUAUGCUAUGAUGGAGUUAGACAAUACUACUGCGAUUGUGCAGGCACUGGAUGGGCCGGUACAAGAUGUAAUGAAUUUGCAAUGAUUGGUGGUUUCCAAGGAAAUGACUACCUUACAUACUUUUACAGCACCAGACAGGAAUCUCAUACAAAUGACAUAUCUCUCCGAUUCAAAUCCUUCUUAAGAAAUGCAUUCCUCUUCCAAACAAUAUCCAGCAUUAGUGAUGAUUAUCUUCGUGCUGAACUUGAUAAUGGAAGGGUCAAGGUCACCAUCAAAGUUGAAGGUCAAUCUCCUCAGCUGCCAAUUAAGGUAUUUUAUGUUGGAUCUAACUUGGAUGACAAUAGAUGGCAUAAUUUGUUUAUCAAACGACGAGGCAGCUAUCUUGAAUUAUUUGUGGAUUCAGAACAACCAGUCAUGAAAACUAUCCAGGGUGAAAACUUCUAUCUACGAUACGACAAGAUUUACUUUGGUGGAGUUGGCGACUCUGGAGUUUCUGUAGAAAACCAUCCAAAUUAUCUGGGUCUGAUGCAGAAUGUUUACUGGGAUAGGUUAGACUUGUUCAGUGAACUUAGGGGCAGGUUACCAGAUUCCGCUUUCAAAAUCGUAUGGAUCUCAAACGAAGGACAAUUGAAUAAAUUUAUAUAUCGUCCAAUCACAUUUGCCACUCGUGAAGUCCAUUCUGUGCUUGACCAAAUGCAUAUGGGUCUUAGCUUUAGAAUGAUGUUUAAUUUCAAAACAAAAGACGAUUCCGGUGUCAUUUUAUACAGCCAGGGACCCCAAGGUCGAUUUGUUGCUGUUGAAUUAGUCGAUGGGUUUUUAAACUUCCACUUUAAUAAUGGUUUGUCCAAACAGUCAGUGGUCAUCAGAACUCCAGAAAGAGUAAACAACAACCAGUGGCACAUGUUUGAGGUAAGACAAUUCGUCCAAGGCGGUCAGCAAUACUACAGAGUGACCGUGGACGGGACAACUCGGGACAUUCAGAUUCCAGGGAACCAGAAUCUUCAACUAACUGGUAACAUGUAUAUUGGUGGAUUACCAACGACCUACUUUAAAGAUAGCGCCAUAACAUCCAGUAUAGUAUCUCGUCAUGGUUUUAUGGGAUGUCUGGCCUCCGUAGAUCUGAAUGGAUUUUCACCAAACCUCUUUAAUUUUGCCAGUGAUAAGGCAGCUGUUAUGUCUGCAUGUACAGAUAUUAAAGCCUGUGCUGCUGAUUACUGUUCUAAUGGUGGGAUAUGUAUUCCUGGUAUAGCUUCAUCACGUUGUAUGUGUGACCUGACUGGAUAUUAUGGACCUACUUGUCAAGAUUAUCCAGUUGGUGUUUAUUUCAAUAAAUACCUUGAAAAUAAACAGUAUGGUGUAAUCAAAUUUGACCUAAUUAAUCCACAAAAUUCCCGAGAAGACAAACUUGCGUUUGGAUUCAUGACGGAAGAGAAAGACGGCAUAAUAAUGAGGAUUGAUAGUGGUGGUGCCAACGAGUACAUUGAACUCAGACUGGAAAAUGGUUACUUGGUUGCACAAUACAACACAGGAAAUGGGGAGCAGACGAUAACCUUUGACCAGAAUAGAUUGAAUGAUGGGAAAUAUCAUGUGGUACAGUUCACACGUACUGCCGAUGGUGGAUUUUUGAUUGUUGAUAAUGUGCAAAAAACUCUGGCCCAUCAAGUGAGUCACUCUGUAUUUGAUGAAGUAAAGUAUGUCUACCUUGGAGGCCGAUUGGACGCUAGCGGUAAUGUGAUGAAUCCAUUUACUGGCAUCAUUGGAGGUGCUUUUUACAAGAACUACAGGUUUAUAGACCUUGGAGAGUCAGCUACUGGUGCUAACUGGAAGGGUACUUACUAUGUUAUCACCAAUGGAAGACCAGGAUACGUUCUUGUUAGAACACCGAGACCUACAGCUCCCCCAAGAGUCCCACUUCCUCCAAAAACUGGACCCUACCCAAUACCAGGAGAUCUUGGAGGAGGAGGAGUAGUGGCACCAGGAGCCUCAGGUGGUGGACCCGGAGGAGGAGUCAAUGUAGGAGUCGGUAAUCCAGGGUCUAUUUCUGUUGGAGGUGGUUCAGGAAGUGUUGGUCCAUCAGGAAGUGGAGGACCUAUAACUGGUGCCCUGACAGGCGGUGGUGCUGGUCCCGUACCACUUGCAGGAGGUGGCGCUGCCGGAGGAGCUAGAGCUGGAGCAGUAAUGGGAGCAAUUUUGGGAACGAUGGCAUUUUUGGCUAGUCUGAUGUGGGCUUUCUGGGGUUUGAAACCAGGAGUGAUUCCAUUGGGAGGAGGAGGAGGUGGUGGUGGAGGGGGACCACCCUCAAUGUCAAUCUCACCACCUACUGCAACCAAUCUACCAGUCGCUCAAGCUUUAGGUGGAGGAGCCGGAGGUGGUGGCGCAGGAGGAGCCAAGGUAACAGUCGUGAAUGGUGGUGGAGCUGGAGGAGGUGGUAUGGGCGGUGGUGCAGGCGGAGGAUCAGCAUUCUCAUCAUAUUAUACAAGUAACACUGCAACAGCAGGUGGCGGUGGCGGAGCUGGAGGUGGAUACGGUGUGGCUGGUGGUGAAGGAUAUGGCGGAGGUGGAGGUUAUGGUGGUGGAGGUGGAGGUGGCUAUGGUGUGACAACUGGCGAAUACUCAACCACAACUUCACGAACCAUUGGUGGUGGUGGCGGUGGUGGUGGUGGUUAUGGAAAUGGAACUCUUACUGGCGGUGGGGGAAGUGCAGGAUAUGGCACUGGAGCCAGCAGCUACUCAGCAUCUAAAAUGUACAGUUCUAAUACAAUGGGUGGUCAGUCACUUGGUGGUCAUUCUGCUAUGGAUGCAGGAGAAUCUACAACAGCUGAUUAUGACUUAGCCUCUGGAACAGGAACCAUGAUGGGAGGUGGUGGCGGUGGUGGAUCUAAUACAAUGAACAAAUACAGCACAAUGCAGUCCUCUUAUCAGGUUCAAAAUGUAAGAACAGUACUGAUCAACAACCAAGGAACACAACAACUAGUAACCUAUCAUUCUGCUAGUGGUGCCGUGACUCCAGGAGCUGCUGGUGAUGAAGUACGUGUAGACUGUUGUCUGAUGAAUGAAGAUGGCCGUACAGUAGUAACAGGAUCAACACUAGGACCACCACAAGUGUGGAAUAUGCAGACAGGAGAAUUACUAAGAAUAAUGAAGGGAGACACAGUUGGAUCAACCAAUCUCCAUCUGGCUUGUAAUGAGCGUUUGUUAGUGGGAGCAGUCCAUGCUGAUUUAGAAAUAAAUGAAUUUUCUGCAAGAAAAGGUGUAACAGUUAAAAAAUUACAGAUCUGGGACUUUGUAACAGGAAAGCCAUUAGAUAUGGGAGUAGAAGAAACAUGCUCGGCUCUAUGUGUAAUGUCAGAUCCCGACAAAGUUGUAUUUGGACGUUCAGACAAAUUCGGCAACGCUUCAAGUAUAGUAGUGUGGGACUUAUUAGGUAAUCAACCUAUCAAAGAGAUGCGUUACGAUGCCCCUGUAGGAAACAAUGACUAUAUAAAUUUCUUAGCUUUAUCACAGAAUGACCGCUACUGUGUGGCGGGAUUCACAAACUCUUUCGACAAUUACGCAGAAUUUGUAGUGUUUGAUAUGACAUUAACAAGUUAUAAUAUAAACGAUGCUAGUAUUUUACGAUUGGAUGCUAAUCCUGAGUGUACCGCCAUAUUACCACAUGAAGAAGCAUGUACAGGGUUACGUAAUGGUGAUCUCGUUAUUUGGAAAUUACGUUCUGGUAAUGCUGAUCGUCAGUUAUUAUCAUCUGGCGGACAUGCCCACAGUAAAGAGGUUAAAGCAGUAUCGUUAUCACAGGACAAUAAAUUCUUAGUCUCUUGUUCGGCAGACAACACAAUGAAAUUAUGGGAUUUGACAACAGAAAAGCCAGUACAGACAAUGUCAGGACACACAGAUGAGGUUUGGUGUUCUGCCAUAUCAGUUGACAAUGAGAUCAUUGUAUCCGGUUCUAAAGACGGUACCAUUCGUCUUUGGCGUACUAAAAAUGGAAGUGAAAUCUGUGCCUUUAAUACUGGUGUUGAUGUCUUUAAUGUUACCAUGAGUCAGGACAAAGGAACAAUUGUUGCCCUGGGAGACAAGUUUGGAGCUCGUAAACUUAUCAUGUUACAAGUAGUCAGAACUAAGAUUCGUCGCCAGACAACAUCGUAAUUCUUCAAAAACCUACGCCAUUACAAAGAACAAUGCAUACAACACUUCUUUCAAAUUAGUUUAUUAGCAAAUAUUUUUUUUGCCGGACUAUGAAGAUUUUUAAAUAUUUUUUUUUGCUUUAUAUAUUAUUUUUUUUACAAGCUGAUGUUUUGGUCAAUGUUCAUUUUGAUAUAAUUUAGCUUUAAAUAUUUUGUUGCUUUAAAAAGAGCUUUACAUGUAAUGAAUGGUGGUUUUUUUACAUAUUUCUGUCACAAAUUUCUAACCAAUGUUUGAGGUAAACACGCAAAUUAUAAAAAUAUGAUGUCUUGCCAGAUCACAAAUUCUUAUAUAUUUUUUCACAUAUCUUAUAUAUAACAAGUAAAAUUUAUUAUCUUUAUAUAUUGCCAUAUGAAAAUAAGAAAAAUUACUAUUAAAGCCAUAAUAAAAAGUAAAUCCUAAAUUAUUAUACAACUAUUUGUUAGCAAUUAUGAGUUUGGUCAAAUUAUGUUUUCUUUUUUUUCUUUAAACAUCUUCUAAAACAACGAAAAUAGAAAAUAUAAUUAUGUUUUUUAUUUGCUCUGAAAUUAAUAUGGAAUGUGAAUCUAUAAACUUUGUUUUAUUAUGGCCUUUUGCUAUAUAUAUACGAAGAACUUUUAGAAAAGAAAUUAUGAAAUAAAUUUCCUAUAAAUGUGAAGACUAAUUUUUGUUUAUCAGAAAUGUAAAACAUUGAAAUAAAAUGAAUAAAUUGUUUACAUGGUAGUAUUGGGGUAUAUUCAACCAUCUUGGAUCACUAAGUAGCAAGAAAUCUAAUUGUCUAGAUCUAUAAUGAUAUAAGGAUUUAUUGAGGCGGGAAUGUAGUUUAAUAGUUAUACUUAAUUUUUAAAUGAAGAAAAAUAAGUAACUCCAUCAUAUUAUUGAUUCAGUUUUUACAAAUACCAAAUAUAAUUUGAUUGAUUUAAAAAAAAAUAUAUAAGGGAGAUUAAUCCAUUAAUUUCAUUUCACAACCCAAAGCUUAACAACAAGUUUGCUGGCAUAUUGUUUUUAUUAUAAUUUGAAAAAACACAAAAGAAACUAAAUUUUGGUCAAGUAUGAGAAAUUUUUGUAAUAUUUUUGUAUCCCCCCAUACUUCCAUAAGAAUUUUUGUACGAAGUUGCAUGAUUUCCAUGUAAUUAAAAAAUAUGAAGGUGUCUUCCAGACAUACAGCUGUUUGUAAUGUCAAUAUGCAUGCAACUGUACAUGACUUAAUACGGUAACAUAACAGGGUUGUCAAUUUAUAUUUAUAAAAAAAUGUUGAAGAAUACUCUUUUGUUUUAGAUUUGAUAAGAUUUAUAUGAAUUAUUUAUUGAAUAUUAUUGCUUUAAUAAAUGUUUAUGCCUAAA